AGAAGCAUAGAAGAUCGGGCACCGGUGAGUCAACUCGGGCCCAAAUUCAGCUUUCUUUCACUCACCGAAACACAGCACGUUGAUCACCAAUCAUACUACCCAUCUCUUUAACACCUCCUUUUUCUCUGUAAAAUUCAAACUGCUCUAUACAUAUUAAAUUCCGCCAAACAAUCAAACCCUACCUCUAUAUAUCAUGUAUAUCUGCAUCUAAUCAUAUAUUUUGAGAGGGAAAUAUGGCGAUACUGUAUGCGUUGGUGGCUCGGGGAUCGGUGGUGCUGGCGGAGUACAGCGCCACGCCGACCAACGCCAGCGCAAUCGCCAGGCAGAUACUGGAGAAGACGCAUAGCGACAGCGACAGCAACGUUUCCUACUCUCAGGAUCGCUAUAUUUUCCACGUCAAACGCACCGAUGGCCUCACCGUUCUCUGUAUGGCCGACGACGUCGCCGGAAGAAGAAUUCCCUUUGCUUUCCUUGAGGACAUUCAUCAAAGAUUUGUGAGGACAUAUGGCAGAGCUGUACUUUCAGCACAAGCAUAUGCUAUGAAUGAUGAAUUCUCCAGAGUCAUCAGCCAACAAAUGGAAUAUUACUCGAAUGAUCCAAAUGCAGACAGAAUAAACAGGCUAAAAGGUGAAAUGAGUCAGGUGCGUAAUGUCAUGAUAGAGAAUAUUGACAAAGUUUUAGACAGAGGAGACCGUUUGGAGUUGCUUGUUGAUAAAACUGCCACUAUGCAAGGGAACACCCUUCGCUUCAGGAAGCAGGCCCGACGAUUUAGAGGCAGUGUAUGGUGGAGAAAUGUGAAGCUCAUAAUUGCGCUGAUAGUCCUUCUCCUGGUGAUAGUUUAUGUCGUUUUGGCCUUCGUCUGUCAUGGCCUCACACUCCCAUCUUGUCUGAAGUGAGAAUCAGCAUCUAGUGUACACAACAGCUAUUCCUGGCUCUAUUGAUUGUUUUGCAUAUGUGUGAAUUUUUAUUUUAUUUUAUCAAUUUCUGCUGAACUUCUUGUGUUCAGAAAAAAAGGAGUUAAUGAUUCUUGUUAUUGCAAGGUGUCCAGGGGUGGGGGACGGGGGGUGUGAAGAAAGAAAAGUAUUUUGUGCAUGUAUUUCGGGUUUCAAAAAAAUCUGUAGUAACUGAAAAUGCUAUUAUACAGGCAAUGUGUUAUUAAUCCUCUGGAUUGAUCACUCGACGAGUUGAGUUUGUUAUUCCACGACAGUUGAAUUGCCAAGUUCUUGAACA